UUUGAUAAUUAAUUACUGUUUUAUUUGUAGAAGUUAGAGUCUUGUAAAAUGAGUGAAAAUUCAAAUUUUUCAAGGAAUCGAAAAGAGAGAGGAUAUUAUUCGACUAAUAAACGCUCUAUUAGCUCUAAAGCAACGGAUCUUAUACAAUCUAAUGUUCGAAAUAUUAAAAACAAAACAAAAACAAGAGGAAAUGAAAGAAGAAAAUCAAAUGCACUUCCUAACCAAAAAUAUGCCAAAAAUUGCAGAUCUAUUGGCAAUAAACCUGAAUCUCCUCAUGUAAAAAUGUCUAAAAGAAAGACAUAUCUCCAAAGUAAAACCUCCCUUCAUGAAAAAAAAGGAAUGUACGAUCAAGCUAUCCGCCCCAGAGACAUCAAUCAUAUUAAAUACCUUUACUCGGCGGUUACCAAACACAAAAAUAUAACUGAAAGAUCCUCCUCGAAGAACAACUUAAGGAAGCAACAGUGUUCCUUACAACAAGUUAAUAUUCCUUCAUACUCUAAAAAUAAAAUAAAAAGAAAAACUAAACCGAAACAGAAAGAUUCUCAAACAAUCCAAACAAAAGUUUGCCGUAGAUUAUAUGAAGAACAUAAAGAAAGACAGAUAAGGAAAGAACAAAGGAUGAAAGAAAAAGAGAGGGAGGAGAGAGAAAUAUGAAAGAUUACUAAAUAUAGAAGAAAGAAUAGAAAACGGAAAGAAGGACAGAUUAAGGAAGAAGAGGCUAAAUUUAAUGAUGAAAUGGAGAAAAUAGAAAAAGAAGAACAGAAACUAAGAGAAGAAAAAGAGAGGAUGCAAAAAGAGCAUCAAGAAAGAGUAGAGAUUUUAAAACAUAAUUCUCUAAGCUUUGAACAAGAAUCUAGCAAUAAAGAAACCAGCAAAAGAAAGCCCAGUUUCGUGAAAAAACUAGAGAACCUUAAGAACAUUGAGAAAAAGACACUAAGUUCAUUAAAACAAAAGACAACACAACAAAUAGAAAACAAAAAUCCCCUUCCAAACCCAUCCACAGAACCACAAAUCCUACCUCCCUCAUCCAAAGCCCAACCCUCAAUCCCUAAAAAUCUAACCUCCAGACCCCCAAGCCAUCCACCCACCACUACUCUCCGUCCAACCCCCUCUUCUCGCAGAUCUUUCGGCAUAAAAUCUCAAAGAAUUUCUCCAAUUAAACAGAAAGAAAUUCACCGAAGAUCCGUCCUAGAUUCAAUCCAUGAAGAGUGUACGCCCAAAACCAUUCAUAGAAGGAAAAGUCUUAGCAGAGAUAGCUCCAAGCACGAAGAAGAGAAGGUCUUGGGCAAGAAGAAACAUGUGAGAAGAAAAACUGCUGGCCAAAACCCAUUGGGCGAUAGCAGAAGUAACGCUCUUUGAAACAUGCUUUCCUCUCAAAAAUCUUCUUUUGAACCCACCCGUACAACCCAAAACCUAGGUUAUUCUCUCCAGAAUUCUCUUUGAGAAACACCUACUUUCAAAUCCAAAAGCAGUACAAGAGAACGAAUGAUGAAGAUUCUAGAAGAAGAGAAGAAGGAAAGCAAGCAGACAGGAUUUAUGAAUAAAUCUUUUUUGAUGAAGGAAAAGAAGAGAAAAAGUGGGUUGAUAUCAUACUUGAAAUUUGAUGAAGAUAUAAUUUUAGAAGAACAUACUAGCGAGAUCAGUUAUCUUGAAUGAGGACUACGAGGAAAAGUCAUCCCUUCUUAUACUCCGAAUAUUAUUUCUGAUAAAUACCACCUCAAUUCAAAAGAGAAUAAACAAGUGGCCUCACAAUGAAAGAUUAAUAAAAACUCAACAAAACAGACAGAUAUUCGAUCAAAAAAUAUUACCAGAAGUAUUACAACAAAUCAAUCAACUCGAGAGGAAACUAAAGAGGAUGACUUAUUCUAUCGCAGACAAAAUACUCUUGAAUCUUCAAAAGGACCACUCUCUAAAACAAGUUCUUUAUCUAGAGCUUCAGAAGCAUUUAAACCCCUAAAUAAGAAUAUUCCAAUCCCAUGUAAAGGUAUAAAAGGCUCACCAAUGGACUGCUUUUAUAAAGCAUCUCUUCAGUGCGUUCUCUCAGCGUCUUCUUUCACUCGAAGCUUCUUGGAUGCUAAUUUGUCUAAUUCUUCAAAGGAGAUCUUUAAAGAAAGCACAGUCACAGCUAAAUUCACUGAUUUUGUUAACAAUUACUGCAAUUCUUCAAAGAAUGCGGUAAAUGCUGAAGACUUAAGAGGAUGUUUUAUUGAUGAUUUCCCCCAAUCUGAACAACACGAUGCAACUCAGUUCAUACUCUCAUUAUUUGAAAAAUUGAAGGAAGAGCAGAUUGUGAAUGCUCCUGUUUUUAAAUCUUCUGGUCACAAAUCCAGACAAGCUGCUUGGAAAAACUACCAGAAAGACCAUACAUCUAUAAUAGAUAAGCUUUUUGUUGGUAUGAACCUGGACUUUUAUAAAUGAAAAGAGUGUAGAGAUGUGUCAAAAAUUUAUCAGGAAUUUAAUUACAUUCCUGUCUAUUUUGAAGAAGACCAAAAGAAUUAUAAAAUCAACUUCAAAAAAAUUUGCUCAACAAAAGAAUCUAGUAAAGUCUUUUGCAAUCAAUGAAAAAGCAUUACAAAAUACAUUAUAAAGACUAAGAUAACUAAGUUCCCUCAAUACCUUCUUCUAUCAAUUCAAAGAUCAAGCACAAAUAAUAUGGAUAAAAGAGAUGAAUUAAUGAAAUAUGAAGAGAAAGUCAGCAUUGAUAUUGGUAAAGGAAAGACAAAAUAUUAUUCCCUUAUUAGUGUAAUCUGCCAUAUUAAAGGCAAUAAUAAUAGUCAUUAUGAAUCAUAUUGCAAAAGAGGAGAUACUUGGAGACUUUUUGAUGAUUCUAUUGUAAAAAAAGUGGAUUAUCCUCACAAUAAAAAGAACGCAUACAUUUUGCUCUAUGAAUCAAAAUAA